AUGAUAAACAUCGACCCACAGAUCUCGUCAAAAGGUGAGAAAAAGUGUUUAGAUAAUUACACCGCAUGUGUUCCACCCGUUCAGGGUGGAUCAUUGCCCCCUGCGGAUAAUUGUGCUCACAAUCAUUCGAAUACAAAAAUCUCCAUCAGCAAUAAUAAUGAGUUAUUGGAUUCCUACAUAUCACGACUAUGGAGCGUUCGAGAAAAGGCAAACCGAGCCUUAAUGUUGACUAGUGAUGAGAUGACAAGUAUUUGUCGCAGUGUUCGCGCUCUUUUCCUUACGCAGCCUGGCCUUCUUGAUCUUGGUGGACCGAUCAAAGUUUGCGGUGAUAUUCAUGGGCAAUAUGACGAUUUACUCCGCCUAUUUGAGCUCUGUGGGCUGCCUGAUAAAGUUAACUACCUAUUUCUAGGGGACUAUGUUGACCGUGGACGACAAAGUCUGGAGACGAUAUGCCUGCUUUUUUGCUACAAACUCCGUUAUCCAACCCGCUUUUUCCUCCUCCGUGGAAACCAUGAGAGUCAGGCAGUAUCACGUAUUUAUGGCUUUUUCGAAGAAUGCAGAAAACGGUUUUCUGUAAAGCUGUGGAGAACUUUUAUUGACGCCUUCUCCUGUCUACCUGUAAGUGCGAUAAUCGAAAACCAAAUAUUCUGCUGUCAUGGCGGCCUCUCACCAGAAAUGCUCACCCCAGAGUUAACCAGUCUGGCUGACUUAAAACGAAAAAUCCGAGAGAUUGUUCGUCCUUGUGACGUGCCAGACUGUGGAUUGCUUUGUGAUCUCCUCUGGUCAGACCCCUGGUACCUGGAGUCUGUAGGAGAUGGUCGUGAACCUCGGGGCUGGGAGCCAAGCGAACGAGGCGUCUCUUACAUGUUUGGUCCAGACAUUAUCGAUCGCUUCUUGGACCGCUUCAACUUGGACCUCAUUUGUCGGGCUCAUCAAGUGGUGGAGGAUGGGUAUGAGUUCUAUGCUAAUCGCUCUCUCGUCACAAUCUUCUCAGCGCCCAAUUACUGUGGCGAGUUUGAUAAUGCUGCAGCGGUCUUUUGCCUUAAUCGAGCAGCCGCAGCUCCAAACUACCCUUACGACUCUACGUCUAGUCCGCGAAAUCAAGAAGACACGGAACUGGAGGGCAGCUUUCACAUACUUCGUACCGAUGUUCCAGGGGGUGUGCGACCUUCAUCCUCUGCGGGACUCACAAUGCAUCCAAACAGCGGUAAAGAACCGACCUAG